AUGACACGAACCGUCCUCGUCACUGGCGCAAACGGCUACAUAGGUAACGCCGUGUGUCUUUCAUUCAUCCGCUCUGGAUGGACUGUCUAUGGACUAGUCCGACAGGUAGACGCGACGCCCUCUCUUGCACGAGAAGAGAUAAUCCCAGUUCUCGGAUCUCCAGGGGAUUGUUCCUUCCUACCAGCCUUGCUAGAGCAGCAACGGACCUUCGACGUGAUUGUUUCCACGACGGAACAAGUCUUCGACUACGAGCCACACUUCCAGGACAUUAUUGCAACAGCACGCACUAUUGCUGAAUCCAGCAAUGCGUCGGGUGUUCGUCCACUGUUGGUAUUCACUUCGGGAUGCAAGGAUUACGGUAUGACAUCUCGUGCGGACUCGUCGGCCUUGUCGCCGCAUACGGAGGAGUCGCCGUUAAAUCCCCCAAGUGUAUUGAUCCCUCGAGCGAUGAAUGCGAUUAAAGUGUUUGAGCACCGUGAUGUGUUUGAUGCUGUCGUGGUGAGGCCGACGACCGUGUAUGGCAAGAGUAGUAGUUACUAUGGAGCAUUUCUGGAGCUGGCCCAGCUGGCGAGGGAACAGGAUGCGCCGUUGAAGUUACCGGCACAUCCGAAGAGUGUUGUCCACGGUACUCAUGUGGAUGAUUGUGCCGACGGGUAUGUGCGGAUUGCAGAGGCUGAUAGGAGGACAGUAGCUAGUCAGUGCUAUAACAUUUCUGGCUGGCGGUAUGAGACACUGGAUGAGGUGGCGGAGGCUUUGGUGAAGGAGUAUGGAAUUACCAAGGGGGUGAUUUAUGAGCCACCAAAAAAGGAGGGGUUUGGCAGCUUUGAUGUGGUUGGGAUGUUGACGGGGUUUUCACAGUGGGUGAGCAGUGAGAAAUUGAGACAGGAAACAGGGUGGAAGGAUAGACGGUUGUUGUUCUCACAGGGAGUGAAAAGCUAUCGUAUUGCAUAUGAACAGGCAGUUAGGGAUGGACAUAGUAAUGUGUUAAGAGUGAAGGAAUAUAUACGGCAGACUGGGAAUUAA